CCCUUGUCUCUCAUCCCAUUCAUCUUCUUCUCUUUUCUAAAUCCUUAACUUCUUCCUUCAAUCACUAUAAUCAUCUUUUAGUCUAAGGUUUUUAGUUAGUGAUGUUCUUUCUAUCUAAAUCAUCUCUUUUUGUUUUCAUCUUUUUCUCAUCUUCUUUUUUUCUCUUUCAAGUUAAUGCUAUUAGAUCUAUACCCAACAAAAUCACGAACAAAGCCAAUGAAUUUGAGUCCAAAGAUGAUACCUUUAUGAUAUUCAAAGAGGCCCCAGAAUAUAGAAAUCAGCACAAAUGCAAAGUGGUUGAUAGAAAAAUUGAUUCUCCUAUUGAUCAAUUUGUGUGUGAUUCUUCACUUGUUCAUGUUUCAAUGACUAUUGAUUGGGAUUACUUGAGAGGCUCUAUGGCUGCUAUUCAUUCUGUUCUUAAACACACUUCGUGUCCUAAGAAUCUAUUCUUUCAUUUCAUUGCAUCAGAUUCAAGAUUGGUGAAAAAAGAUGAGUUUGAUAGGAUUGUUCAUAGUUCUUUUCCUUCGUUGAGAUUCAAAGUUUAUGUUUUCAAUGAAAGUUUAGUUGAGAAUCUGAUAUCGCCUUCAAUAAGACAAGCGUUAGAGAAUCCUUUGAAUUAUGCAAGAAGCUAUUUGGCUGAUUUGCUUGAAGAAUGUGUUGAGAGAGUUAUAUAUUUGGAUUCAGAUGUUAUAGUUGUGGAUGAUAUUCAAGAACUAUGGAAAGUUUCGUUGAGUGAUUCGAAGGUGAUUGGUGCACCGGAGUAUUGUCAUGCGAAUUUCACUAGGUAUUUUAGCUAUGAGUUUUGGUCGAGUUAUGAAUUUUCGGAAGAAUUUAAGGGAAGAAAAUCGAGGCCAUGUUAUUUCAACACGGGUGUGAUGGUAAUGGAUUUGGCAAAAUGGAGAGAAGGCGAAUACACGAAGAAGAUUGAGAAAUGGAUGGAGAUUCAGAAGGAGCGGAGGGUUUAUAAACUGGGAUCAUUGCCUCCUUUUUUGAUGGUUUUUGGUGGUGAGGUUGAAGCUAUUGAUCAUAGAUGGAAUCAGCAUGGUCUUGGUGGUGAUAAUGUUGUUGAUAGCUGUAGGAGUUUGCAUUCUGGACCUGUUAGUUUGUUGCAUUGGAGUGGGAAAGGGAAGCCAUGGAGAAGACUUGAUGCAAAGAAACCUUGCUCUGUUGAUUUUUUGUGGAAGCCUUAUGAUUUGUAUGUUCCUCAUUUGGGAUAUAAACAUUCAUUGGUUUAGGAAAGUAGAAUUUAUAUUGAUUCAUUUGUUAGUGAAAAGACAUUCUUUUAUUCGAGUGUAUAGACACAGCAACCAAAAGAUUUUUUGGUGAUACAUACAAUUUCAGUCUUUUUUA